AUGAUGCACUUGCCAGUGGAUGUUGAGAUGCAUGUAAUGGCAAAUGGAUUCGUAGAAGGUUAUUUUUGCUGGACUUCGCACGGGGAGGUUGCGGUAGAAGUGGAUAGUGGCUUUGAAGAAGAACACAUAGAGUUUGACCAAAGUGGUGAAGAAUAUCGUGGUGACGACGCCAUGGAUGAAGAAACACCGGUCGAUGAAGCUCCGCGUGGUCGGAUGGGGGAAAUGCUAGAUGACGUGCACUUACAGAAUCAACUGAAGGACCCCGACAAUGCCACAGAUGAGAAGAAGUUCCAUAAGCUAGUCGAGGACGCAAACACACCAGUGUAUGACAAUGCCGGCAUCAACAAUAAUGUCCUAGAAGUGAUACUUGAACUUCUUAGGAUAAAGGCAAAAUCUGAGCUUUCUGACAAGGGCUUCACGGAGAUGUUGAGUUACCUUGCUACAGUCUUUCCAGAGGGCAACAAAUUGCCUAAGAGCACAUACGACGCGAAGAAGAUUACCUGCCCGCUUGGAUUAGAUGUUCUGAAAUAUCAUGCAUGUCCACUGGACUGCAUUGUAUACACAGGACCGCACAAAAACAAGGACAAAUGCCAAAUAUGUGGUACUUCACGAUACAAGAAGAAAGAUGGCAAUCACGACGAAGUCGAUGAGGAAGAAGUGAGGAAAAGUCGGCCGGCGAAGAUCGUCUGGUAUCUUCCGAUGGGUAGUCGGUUUGAGCGUUGGUUUCAGAACUUGAAGGAUGCGGUGAGACUGGUCAAUCAUGAUCCGCGUGAGAAGAUGUACGAUCCAGAUGGAGAGUACCGUAUAGACAAUACUGAAGCUGGGAUCCUCAAACACCCAACCGAUGCGGCGCAAUGGAGGACCUUGGACGCGGAAUUCCCAGAUUUCGCCAGUGAUCCCAGGAACCUAAGGCUAGGGCUGAGCACUGACGGAAUCAAUCCAUUCGGCAACAUGAGCAGCACGCACAGCACAUGGGAGGAGUACUUCACCCUUAGAGCAGUGUUCCUGACUUGUGUGCAUGACUACCCAGCAAAUGGUAAUACAUCAUGCCGGUGCACAAAAGGGUACAAAGCAUGUACAAAGUGCACGGAGAAUACAAUAUCAGAGAUGUUGCCCACAUCACGCAAAAUUGUGUACGUGGGACACCGACGGUGGUUGCACCCUAAAGACCCGUGGAGGCUUGAUGCGGAGAGCUUCAACGGAAAGAAAGAGCACGAGGGUAAACCUAGGGAAAAGUCUGGCUUUGAAAUCUACGAUAUUGUCAAGGAUCUGGAGGUUAGGCCUGGGAAAGCAGAAAAUGUCAAAGAUAAGGACGGCCUGGACACCUCCGUGUGGAAGAGGAGGUCUGUAUUCUGGGACCUGCCAUGCUGGCCACACUUGCGAUGCCGAUAUAGCAUUGAUGUGAUGCACGUCGAGAAAAAUGUAUGUGACAGCGUGUUGGGAUUGCUGAUGAACAUCCCUGACAAGACGAAAGACGGACCGAAGGCAAGGAAAGACUUGGAAAUUUUGAAGAUAUGGAAAGAACUGUGGCAGAAGAAGAAGAGUCACCGGAAGACAAAAAUGGUUUCGUGA